GUCCUCUCUAAUUUGAUUUAAACAAUGCAUUAGUACUAUUAAACAAAGAUCAUGAAAGAGUUAAAAAAGAUAUUAACUUUAAUAAAGGAAAUGUAGAAUAUACUAUACUGCAUUGCUUUCUCAAAACCCUAAAUCACUCUGUAAUUGAUCCAAAACCCUAAAUCCACAAAACUAGAUCUUAAUUAUUCUCUAUGGCAGCAAAAUUUCAAAACUUUUUACCUUCACUUUCCCUUCCAACCUCAAAACCGAAACGACGCUUCCAAUCGGUUACUGUUUCAGCCUCCAACUCCUCUCGGCCAUCGAUCUCCGGCCGCAAGCUUCGAGUGGCAGUAAUAGGUGGAGGACCUGCUGGAUCCUCUGCCGCAGAAGCUCUAGCAAGCGGCGGUGUGGAAACCUUCUUAUUCGAGCGGAAUCCACCGUCAACACCGAAGCCAUGCGGCGGAGCAAUCCCUCUCUGUAUGCUGGAAGAGUUCGACAUUCCUCACCACCUUAUCGACCGCCACGUCACACAAAUGCGAAUCUUCUCACCGUCAAACAUCGCCGUCGACUUUGGUAAAACGUUAAAACCCAACGAAUUCAUCGCCAUGCUCCGCCGCGAGGUUCUCGACUCAUUCCUCCGAUCCCGCGCAGUUUCCGCCGGCGCUACACACAUCUCCGGCCUAGUCACCUCCCUCGACCUCCCAACCUUACAAAACUCACCCUACACCAUCAACUACACCACCAAAACCUCACCGCGAAACUCCCUCGCCGUCGAUGUCGUGAUCGGCGCCGACGGAGCCAACAGCCGUGUCGCAAAAUCCAUAAACGCCGGCGAUUACACGUGCGCGAUCGCGUUUCAAGAAAGAAUCAAAUUAUCAGACGAGAAAAUGGCUUACUAUGAAAAUCUCGCCGAGAUGUACAUAGGCGAUGACGUGUCACCUGAUUUUUACGCGUGGGUUUUUCCCAAAUGUGACCACGUGGCAGUGGGAACUGGUACAGUAAAGUCGAAACACGAUAUUAAGCUAUACCAGCGCGCGAUCAGGGAAAGAGCAAUGUCAAAGAUCAACGGUGGAAAAGUGAUUAAAAUCGAAGCCCAUCCGAUUCCGGAGCAUCCACGACCCGUUCGGGUCAGAGGACGCGUGGCACUUGUAGGUGAUGCUGCGGGUUACGUUACGAAGUGUUCGGGUGAGGGUAUUUAUUUUGCUGCUAAAUCAGGUCGAAUGUGUGGACACGGUGUUGUUAAGGCUUCUGAAGGUGGAAUGAAGAUGAUUAACGAGUGUGAUCUUAAGAGGGAGUAUCUUAAAGAAUGGGAUGCAAAGUAUGUUAAUACUUUUAGGUUUUUGGAUUUGUUGCAAAGGGUUUUUUAUGGUAGUAAUGCGUCUAGGGAAGCUUUGGUGGAACUUUGUGGUGAUGAGUAUGUUCAACGGAUGACGUUUGAUAGUUAUUUGUAUAAGACGUUGGCACGUGGGAGAGUGUGUGAUGAUGUUAAGCUUUUCAUGAAUACUAUUGGAUGUUUAAUUAGGUGUAAUGAUGUAGGCACCCAUAUGAAAGGUUUGAUAUUGUAGAGAAUCAUUGUCUCAUGGUUUAGAUUUAUUGACAUUUAUCUAUUAUUUUUUUCGGGUGCUAAGUCUCAAACAAAGUACUUCGAAGUUGAAGAGUGAAAUUCCGCAAGAAGAAUGUAGGUAAAUGUUCU